AUGAGUGCCAAAGAAAAUCUGGCCCUGCAACUGGCGGAGCCGCAGCUGGCCAAGCUGACCAGCGAAUCGAGGGAGAUACGCUUGCGCGCCCUCGAGCAGGUUGAGACGCGUUUCAUCCGGUGCCUCCAGCUGGGCGAGCGCAUUCAGUUCAAGCCUGUGCUGCUGCUGAAGCAGCUCAUCCGAUGGUUUGGACACACGCCGCCACUGGCCGCCGACCGAGUGCUGGCCAUGAUCCUGGAGCUGCUGCGUUCCGAUUACAGCGAGGCGGUGAUCCGCAAGAUUCCCUACGACCGCUUGAAGACCGAACUGGAUAAGGUGCGUAACAUACUGCGUGGUCUGGAGUCCACGCGCAUAAACGAGCUGUUAGACGAUGUGCAGCUCCUGCUGCUCGAGAAGUACAAAAUGGACCUAGUGACGCCGUGCGCUUCCAGCCUUAGUUCGAUCAAUCUCACCAGCCGGGGAAGCGAUUCCGCCGCCAGCAGCGUGGAACAGAUGCAGGGCAAUCUCUCGCCUGAGGACUACGAGCCCGCCUGGACGCGCCCCGCCCUGGACGAUGUGGAAAGCAUGACGAGCCUGAUCGAUUUGCCGCGCAAUAACGCCACCGAUGCCUUGGAACUGCAGGUGCAGCUCACACAUCUGAUCAUUCGUAUGGGCGACUACCCAGCCGAGUACUUCCUGCAGUCGCCGUUUAUAUUUCUGCACCUGGUGCAACUGCAAGCGAGGGAAGAUGACAGCCUGCUGCACGUGAACCGGGCUCUCAUUGCUUGUCUGAAGCAACUGCAGCGCCGCAUCCAGGUGCGCCGUCAUACCAUGUGCUAUGCUACCAGCUUGGAUCCACCUGGCUCGCGACCCAUGCAGCUGAAGGUGAGCAGCGCCCUGGGGCUCCUGCUUGCCAACUGCACUAAGCUAAUGCAGCAGCUGCUCUUCCGAUGCACAAGCGAUAACUGGCACAUCCUGGAGCUAUGCGUGGAAGCUGUCCGGACAUAUGAUGUUCUCAAUUCCCGAGUUUGCCAACGGAGUACUGAGCGUUUCGCGCAGAUUGUCAAGACGUUGCUUACGUACUGCAACAAUGUGGAGGGCAGUAACGUGACCAAGCUCGAGGAUACGCUGAUGAUUCCCCGACUUCAAUCGCUGAUCUUCAACGGCCUGCUGCAAGACGCGGUAGCCCUGAAUCUUACUUAUGAUAAACACUUGGAUCGCAUCAAUGCCAAAUCGCUUAUCCAACCCAUCAUUUUGGACAGCUCCUACCUGUCUUGCGUGCCCGAUCGCAUGAAGUCGCUGAGCAAUCUGAUUUGUACCCUGUCCUCGGAGCCCUCGCCCGAGGAGCAACAGUUGAUUAAGCUGAAGCGGGCCUACAGCCUGGCCCUAAAUCAAUUCCAGCCAAAGACUAAAAUGGGAGCGGCGCAGCUUAUUCAAAUGCACAAGCAGGUGUGCCUGGUUGUCACCCAACUUGGCAGUGAGACGCUGGUGAAACAGCUUUUCGACGCAAUUGUGGAGUGCACACCCCUCUACAAGGGUAAUUCGCAGUUGAGAAAGGAUGCGGAGACGCUGCUGUACACCCUGAUUGAUUUGCCUGACCAAAAACUGCGUGAUUUCUUAUACCGUUUGAUGCCAACACCAGUGGUGUCACACUUUCAUUCCUUUUUAAACAGGACGAACUACAUGACAGGCUGCACAAAUUUGGGGCUGGUUCGCCAGCAGAUCCUUGGAUUGCCGCUAAACACCCAGAUAUUGCGGAGGCUGAUCCUCGAGAGUUGGGACGAUGAUACCUCGGAACAGGUUCGGCAGUGGUGCUUGGACUACCCCACAAUGCUCCUCAAGCUUAACUCAAUGCUCGGUGCGCAGGACUUUAACAUUAUGUUCGAUGUGGUGCUACCUGUGCUGCCCCUGCUGAUCUGUAGGUCGAUUAUUCACAAGCAAUUGAGUAAGGUUGUGUGGCAUUUGUUCGAGCCAGACCUCAGCGGUGUGGAGCCGCCCUUGAUGCUGCGGGGCUACGUUUACUAUAUGUUCCACCCGUUUUCUGAGAUGAGAAGCGAAGCUACCACCAGAAUCGCCUACGUGCUGCAAUGUCAGGACUACACGAACAAAUAUAAGCCAACCAUGGACAAGGUUCCGAUUGAGCUGAUCGGCAACAAUAUCUGCGUGAUUCAACCACCAGCUAGCUACAAAAGCAUAUUCACUCAACGCUCUGAGGAAUCCUUUCAAGGCCAGCGCAGCUUGGAUGCCUUGAUCCGAUUGCUGCAAACAAAAGACUUGAGGCCUACCAUCAGGAAGUCCACAAUGACUCAGUUAAAUGUGUUGCUUCAAAGCUGGCAAGCUUGCGAAGACUUCUCUACGAAGGAGGAUGGAUAUCGGCUGGUACUGGAGUCUUUGCACAACGCUUUAAAGAAAGAGUGUGCGAACGAUCCCGCAGAUAUCCUGGUGCCCGCCGUGGGCGUUCUCAUGAAACUGCUUUUUCACAAUGCUGGAUUCCGUAAAGAGAUCGCAAGCACUUUCGAGGUGUACGUGUGCCUACUGCGCGCUUUAUUCAUACUUCCCCAUGAGGCUCAAUUGCGCCAGGAUGUGAGUCUCUGCCUGUUCCAGAUGCUGUACCACAAUUUUAUCACCUCCACUGAGGACACGCUACUGAUGGACAUAGAUCUGGGUUCGAUGCUUUUGCCUGUGACAUACGAAGUGCAAGCCACAGAGAUACCCACUGCGGCUUUGGAAGGAUUAGCUUUGCAGCAUGAACUGCAGGAUACCCAUUUCGGAGGUGAUACAAUAAGAGCUGCCCAACAUUGGCGACUGUAUACGGCCCACCGCGUUUGCCAGUGUCCAUCCAGCAUCACUUUGGAGUCUGUGCGGGAGCUGGACAUCAGGGAGUCUCUUAAGAUAAAAGUCGCUGACUUGGCCUUGCUGCGGGCCUCCAACGUGGACUUGCAGCUUGGUAACCAGCUCACCGCAGCCAGUAACUGCAGCAAUCACGAGGAUCUGCAACAUAGCGUGACACUUGUUCAGCUAUUCCUUGUGCUCCUGCGCAGCACAAUCAGCCAGUCGGUGGGCGAAAGCUUGUGGAAGUUGAUCCACAAGUAUAUCCGAUUGGCGCCGGGCAACGACGCGGAUCAUGUGCUUUACAAGUACCUGCUAGAACUGUGCCUCACUUGCCUGCGCUUCUGUCAGCCUCAGGUGAAGAUGGGACUGAGCGAAGCUCUCGAAACGGAUCAUCAUCACAGCUUCCACCUUUUGCUGCUCGAUCGCCUCAUUCCCCUUGAAACGCUGCAUUUGAUUAGCCAGUGUCUAGUGCUCCUACUCUCCAACGAGUGCUUUGAUGUAAAGAUGAACUGGCAUGUAAAGUUCUUUAUGCAGUUAAGUAUGUUGGCCAGAAGGCACUUUGAGUUGCGCCAGCUUCAGCAUGUGCGCUGCAUGCUCCGCAUCCUGCGGCGUCUUAGCGAGCGUGAUCUGGAGCUCAGUGAUGUUCAGUUGACGUUCUAUUGUCAGCAGUUCAUUCAGUUGUCCAGCGAUCUGAGGACCUCGACGCAGACCGGAGCCGAGUGGCAGCGUGAUUGCCUGCAUAUCAUCUGUCAGCUUCACAUGCAUCAAGCCCGACUUCCCGCCAAGACCAACGUCCCGAACGAAGUGGGUGCCACGCAGAAGGUUCUGCGCUAUUUUCUCAGUUUGUGCGGGCACAGUGACAGCGAAGUGCGCGCCUUGGCCUGGGUUUCCAUGGCCAAUUUGAUUACCACCUGUGGCUCCGUCAUGGCAAACAUUCUGCCUCGCCUGGACUUCCUUCCUGGUGGACUGCCAGCUUGCUGUUUGACCACGCUAUUGGAUGUCCACGAACUUAUGCUGGUCCGGGAGUUGGCCGGACGCGUCUUAACUCUGUUGAUGCCCGUUAUUGGCGCGGAGGCCAGCCUCGAUCUGUUGCGAGACUAUGACUUCCUCAAAGAUGCAUACAACGCUCUCAAAGACUUGCAAGUUACUCCCUGGGUAACGAAGGAAGCUGCAGGUCAGCAGCAUUCCUGUGAAAUAAUUGGCUGCUAUGUGGCCAUCUGCACUCAAAUGGUGGUUCUCAAGCCGGAGUGGUGUGCCACUCUCUGCGGGCACUGCUUCAUGAACGGACUCAGUGAUGUGAUGAAAACUCCACCGCCACCAGUCGCCUUCUCCAUGUCCUUUGUGGAGCUCUGUGCAGGACAAAUAUGUGAGUUGUAUUCUCUGUGCUAUCGUGAUAACUUUGAGUUCCUUCAGAGGACCAUCUGUCGGGACUCCGUCCUGAUGCAGAGCUUCCUGUCGCUGACGAACGACGUGCUGGAUCUGGACGGUCCCGAGCGUCUGCUGGUUCAGAUAUUCAAGAUGUUUCUGAUAUUCUGCAAGGACUCAAAUGCGAACGCCUUUCUAGUCGAGCAGCUGAAGAGUCAGCCAGCCCUAUUUCUCGACUUCUUCCUGUACGGAUUGCAUUUGUCGUACAUUAAUACUGCCUUUCAGCGCUACACCCUCAUGUCAUUAGCUAUGGUGUUCAAUAAGGCGCAGGGUGCUACAGAAAAGGGGAGUUUGCUGCGGGAGUUGGAACGAUAUGUACUGCCAUUAGACGAUCUUUUACCCACUGAAGAAGAGGAUUUAGUGCUAAAUGGCCUGGACGAUAUAGUUUCCAUGAAUAAGCAGUUGAUAUCGAUAUGCAUGCAUCAUCCGCCACAGACGAAGGAUUGUGCCCAGAACCCAGACGCUGGUGUCAAAACGACGAAUGCAGCCGUUCUAAUUUAUCACCGCCUGGAUCGCCUCUUUGACCAAUAUUAUCCGCCCAAGACCUUCCACUUUUUGCAAAAACCUGGUUCAGGUCAUGUGCAUAUUUGUGAGACGCUCGGAUUACUGCUGAAGCUCUCGCGUUGCGCUGUGCAUGCGGCCGGUCAACUAAAGCUGUUGGACCGAGUGGUUAACCUUAUUGACAGUUUCCUCAACGACGAAAACAUCGGAAACGCCUACGCCUAUGUAAAGCGUGUGGGAGCCCACAAGUCGCAGAAUAUCCUCAGUAAUCUAUUGCUGCUUAUAAACAUGCUUUUCCAGUGGCACAGUUCCUACAAUACUUUGAUCAGUAAGCCCAGUAUGGCCGCCACACUUACCCGAAUCAUUAUUCGCAUUUGGCCAUGGUUGUCACACUCGCAGCACCUAAAGAAGAUCACAGUCCAGCUGACUAUGUUCCUUACUGAGCGCUCCUUCGAGAUGUGCAAACAGAUCUCGAUUCUCCAUCAUGGACAAUCGCAUUCCCUGCUUCACCUUAUGGUUCGCGUGGCUGACUUCGAGACCACGAAGAAGGAGGCUCCCAACAAGGAGCCCAAUCUCAGCAUGGUGCCCGCCCUGAGGGUUAUGGGAAACUGCUGCUCCUGUGCCGAGGGUCGACUGAGUCUAUCUAAAAUGCAUUUGCUGGACAUGUUUGACACGAUCCUGCCUGCAAAUCAAACUUCCACUCAGGCCACCAAAGUUCGGCCAAUUGUUUUAAACGCUUGGCUCGGAUUCUGGGAGGUAUUUUCCCGGUAUGAUGUGGGUGCCAGAGCUAGCCAUCUUUAUUCCCUCAUAAACACCAUUCAACGCACACCGCCUUUAAACCAGAAGAGAAUCCUGUGCCUUCGUAUCCUUCGCAACAUGUGCUUCUUCAAUGGCAAUCGCAGCCAGCUCGUGGCACACGGUGACUUCAUUAAUAUGCUGCGCGAUAUUGUUAACCAACCAGUGCACAAAGGACCUGGAUCUGGUGAUAAGGACUUGAACUCUUUCGAAGAGCACCGCUUGGCUGUCCUCAUGCUGUGGAAACUCUUCUGCUUCGAGGCCAAAUACAAGGGCAUGCUGCGGGGCACCAAGCUGUUUAAACUGCUGAUCGGCCUCCGAGUGGAGCUGUCAGUGAUUUACUCUGAGAAGUCGAAUAAGUAUAACGACGUUCCCUAUGCAAAAGAUCUCGCCGAGUUGCUGGAAAAUCUGAUGGAGUCCAUGCGACAAUAAACGUGAACAAUGGACACAAACUGACAAAGUACAAAUUAAUAAGAUAGCUGUAAAAAAAAAGGUUUUUUUUUAUGUCUUUUAUAAACUGACUCUUAAUUUAACCAUAAACAAAUGUACGCAAAAAUGAAUACAAUCUUCUCAAGCUUUACAACUUCUCACCUUUGCUGUAAGUCUGAAAGAAUUUAAACUCUACAAGAUGUCCUUUAUUGAUGAAAAUAAAUAGUUUAUCUGAACAGUAA